GAGAAGUGGGGAAGCGAUUGGAGCUCACAGUGGAGAGGACAGGGUGACAUAACACCCCAGGGUUACAUAAAUUCACAGGGGCUGUCAAAUUGGUCAGACGAGCAGAAUCUGGAAGCCAGGGAACACCGCUGUACAGCAAAGAGACUGAAGCCUUUCUUUGAGGGAUUGAAACGCUCAGAAUCUACCAACCAUGGAGCGUGUGCCGGGCUUGCUGCUGUUGCUGCUGCCCCUGGUGCGUGCCUCUUCCGCCACCACGCCAGAUCCCUGUGAGCUGGAUGAGGGCAGUGUCCACUGCGCCUGCAACUUCUCAGAACCGCAGCCGGAUUGGUCCAGCGCUUUCAUCUGUACCGGGGCGACGGACGUGGAGUUCUCCGGCGGCGGACGCAGCCUGGAACACUUUUUAAAGCGUGUUGACACGGAAGCAAAUAUAGGGCCAUACACUGAUCUUGUCAGGUCCCUGUCCUGGAAGCGGCUUACCUUGAGGGCCGCGCGGGUUCCUGCUCCGCUUCUAUUCGGAGUCCUGCGUGUACUCGGGUAUUCAGGCCUCCAGGAACUAACUCUUGAAAACCUCGAGGUAACCGGCACAGCGCAGCCGCCGCUUCUGGAAGCCUUGGGACCCAAUCUCAACACCUUGCGCCUCCGCAACGUGUCGUGGGCGACAAGGGAUGCUUGGCUUGCAGAACUGCAACAGUGGCUAAAGCCUGGACUCAAAAUACUGCAUAUUGUCCAGGCACACUCGCUCAACCUUUCCUGCGAGCGGGUCCGUGUCUUCCCUGCCCUUGCCACCUUAGACCUGUCUGACAACCCCGAAUUGGGCGAGAGAGGACUGAUCUCCGCUCUCUGUCCCAACAAGUUUCCGGCACUCCAAGUUUUAGCACUGCGCAACGCCGGGAUGGAGACGCUCAGCGGCGUGUGCUCUGCACUGAGCGCAGCGAAGGUACAGCCGCAGGAACUGGACCUUAGUCACAAUUCACUGAGGGAUACUACAGGCGCUCCGAGGUGUGACUGGCCCAGCUCGCUAAACUCUCUCAAUCUGUCUUUCACUGAGCUGGAGCAGGUACCCAAAGGGCUACCAGCCAGCCUCAGAGUGCUGGAUCUGAGUUACAACAGACUGAAUAGGAAACCUAGGCCAGACGAGCUGCCCAAGGUGGGUAACCUGUUGCUUAAAGGAAAUCCAUUUUUGGACCCUGAAUCCUACUCGGAGACGCAAAACUCUGGUGCAAGCAAUUCUUUCAAAUCAGCCCCUAUGCAUUCAACCCUGGCAGUGGGCCUGUCGGGAGGGCUGACUGUGCUCAGAGGGGCUAGGCUCUUUGCCUAACACCUAAGGGAGAAAAAGGAAUGUUUACGUUGUCCUGGCUUCCGAGGGUCCUGGUCAGGAUGAUCAGCACUUCUUAACCAACAAAUCUUCUGCCUUACCUUAUUAAAAUCUUAAGCAACGAUGUACGGGGAAGAAAGACAGUCAAAAUGGCUCAAAGGGUAAAGGCCACCAAGCUUGACACCUGAUUUUAAUUCUCAGGCUCCACAUGGAAAGAACUCACCCCUGAAACUUGUCCAUCUGACCUCCACACACAUGCUGUGACCAGGUGUGUGUCUAUAUAUAUGUCAUACACACAAACAUGCUCACAAAAUAAAUAUUAAAAAAAAAAAAAAA